AUGGAACGAAACAUCUUCAUUGUUAUAGUUGUGCUCUUUGUUAUCGUUCAAGCAUCAACACUUAAACUUGCCAAGCAAACAGAGUCUCAAAUGACAGAGUUAGACGAGAAAAUUCAAAAACCUCCUAAUGUUGGUGAAGACAGCAAGGAGCAGGUCAAAUUCAAUAUGCUCACAGAAAGAAGAUUAGAUAGAGCACGUCGAUUCAUUCCAUCUCGCUACUCUGACAACCAACGAUACUUCAUACGACAUUAA